AUGUCCAAGUUGCCUCGAUUCCACGACGUCGCUCGAAAAGUAUCGACCCUAGUGACGCGGCCCCGGGCAGGCUACGCCACGCCGGGAGACGGUGCGAGACUAUUAUUGCGUGAUCGAAAUAGGUCCAUCAGCGGAACCAAUCGGGUACCACAUCCGAACAGACCCAGGUCUCUUGUGCCUUUGACUGCGUGGGCGUUCGUUGGCUGUACCGUCCUCGCAGCCUCCGUCAUUGCAUGGUCGCCAGUAGCAUAUGCUGAAGCGCCGCCUACACAGGCCAAGAGGUGGAUUCGUCUGGAGGAGGUUAAACAACAUGACCGGGACUCGGAGCGGAAAUGGGUCAUAAAAGGCACGCGGGUGUUUGACAUUACAGAUUGGAUAGCAGCGCAUCCUGGUGGUCCCGUCAUUCUGCAUGCGGCUGGCCGCUCAAUCGAUCCGUAUUGGAACAUUUUCACCAUCCAUCAAAAGCAAGACGUGUAUGAUGUGCUCGAAGAAUACUUCAUUGGCGAGAUUGAUCCCCGGGACCUCGUCGAUGGUAAAGUCGCCGAAGAUCAUGUUGAAGAUCCCUUUGUGAAUGAUCCCGUUCGAAAUCCCCAGCUGCUCCAACACACCCAGAAGCCCUGCAACGCCGAGACACCAAAACCCUCUCUCGAAUCGUACCUGACCCCGAAUGACACCUACGUGCGCAACCAUUUGUGGGUUCCAAAGUUGAACGAAAAGACCCACACCUUAACUGUGGAGCUACUAGACGGAACUGAAAAGCAAUACACCCUCCACGAUCUCAAAACCAAGUUUCAACCAUUCACCAUCACCGCGACCCUGCAAUGUUCUGGGAACCGCCGGAAACACAUGACCGCCGGAGCAAGACCGGCGAUUGGCCUCCAGUGGGACGUUGGUGCCAUUUCAAAUGCUCAGUGGACCGGUGUUCGCUUGAGGGACAUUCUCCGCGACGCAGGAUUUCCUGUCGAUGAUUGCGAUGCGGAGGAAGCUAGGCACGUCCAAUUUGUCGCCGCCGAGGCAUACGGUGCUUCGGUUCCCAUAGAAAAGGCCCUCGAUCCAAGAGGGGAUGUCAUGCUCGCAUAUGAGAUGAAUGGCAAACCCUUGCCACCAGAUCAUGGCUAUCCCUUGCGAGUACUAGUGCCAGGUAACACGGCUGCGAGAAGUGUCAAAUGGAUUGAGAAGAUCGUCCUUGCCGAAGAGGAGAGUCAUUCACAGUGGCAGCGGCGGGAUUAUAAAUGCUUCGGCCCCAAUCAGACUGCGAAAGAUGUGGACUGGUCGACUGCACCCGCUAUUCAGGAGACGCCUGUGCAAAGCGCCAUCACGUCGGUAAUGGAUAUAUCCUGGAGCUCUCGCCAUGGUCGACGUUCAUUGCAGAAACACGGUCUGGAUGAGGAUGCUGUCCAACUUAAAGGAUAUGCAUAUAGCGGAGGAGGCAAGAAGAUUAUCCGAGUCGACGUCAGCGCCGACGGCGGGAAAACCUGGCAACAAGCGCUCCUCCUUCCGGAUGAGUCGAAAGGCCACAAAGCAUGGUCGUGGAAACAGUGGGAGUCCGUGAUGCCAAAGCGCCUCGUUGGACAGCAAUUCGUCGUCAAAGCCGUCGACGAGAGCUAUAAUUCUCAAAUAGAAUCGUACGAGGCUCAGUUCAACUUUCGUGGCAAUCUCACCACCGCUUGGCAUAAGAUUGACUACCCUCGUGCCGGUGAUGGCCCCUCGAAAUGA